AUGGCCAAGAAGACUGGUGAGGCGAGCACCUCCGACGAGCGUGAGGGAGAGAUGGCGGUGCUGGAACCAUCCCUCAAGCUCUCGAAGACCAACUACAGAGUAUGGUCGAUGUCUAUGGAGGUAUAUUUGGACUCUCAUGACCUUUGGCAGACAAUCGUCAGAGAGAAUGUGUCGAAGAAGAAAGAUCGUUUGGUGUUAUUGGCAAUCAUCAGUGUAGUACCAAAAGACUUGCUGAUGGUACUUGAUGCCAAGAAAACGGCUAAAGAAAAUUGA